AUGGAGCUCGUUAAGGAACAUAAUUCUUCAGUCCGCAAUGUGGUGACUUCAGAGAAGUCAGCGAACGAUGAAGCAUUACAGAAUGAAGAAGCUGGAGUCCUUCCGUCGGAGCCUCCCAUCAACCAACAGGAAGCGAAUCUUCCGAAAUGGCGAUUAGUAUCUCUUUUAAUAUGUAUCUGCUUUGGCCUAUUCCUCUCCCUCCUCGAUACCACCAUAGUCGCAACAGCUAUUUACACCAUAGGAGUCGACCUUUCAUCACUCACAACCGUCAAUUGGGUCGCCCUAGCCUACACACUCAGCUACCUCGGGUGCGCAGUGAUUUUCGCCCGAGUAGCAGAUAUCGUGGGAAGAAGAAAUGCAUACGUUGCAGCCUUCGUCAUCUUCCUUGCAUUUUCUAUCGGAUGUGGUUUCGCGAAAACACUGGAUCAAUUGAUUGCUCUGAGAAUUCUACAGGGAAUAGGAGGUUCGGGAUUGUAUUCUUUGACUUUUGUCAUCAUGCCAGAGAUCAGUCCUACCAAGAUGCAAGCUCUGACCGGAGCCUUGGCUGGUGCUGUCGUUGCAAUGGCUGGGGUUUUAGGACCAGUCUUAGGAGGUAUCAUCACAAAUUACACGACUUGGAGAUGGGUCUUUUGGAUCAAUGCACCCAUCGGAAUGAUUCCCCUCCUCGUCUUCAUCAUCGCCUGGCCUUCCAUAGACAUGCUCCCACCAGUCCGACUCCGUCCUCUGAAAGAACUCGACUUCUUCGGCGCAAUCCUCGUCAUCGCGGCCUCAGUCCUUCUAGUCUUCUCCUUCCAACAAGCAGGGAUACACUCCAAUUCCUGGUCACGCGGCAUCUUCAUCGCUCCACUCCUCGUCGGUAUCCUUCUCUGGUUCGUUCUCUUCGGAUGGGAAAUCCUCGUAGCAAAGAAAUGGAAGGCUAGCAUUGCGACAAUGUUUCCUUUGAGACUCCUCAAGAGGAGAAUCUUCAUGGGCCAUUUCUUAACCACGCUGCUAGCCGGCUUUCCAUACUUCAUGGUUAUCUUUGCUCUGCCACUUAGACUCCAAGUCGUGAAUGGAAAGAGUCAGUUGGUCUCAGGCGUAGCAUUGCUCCCUAUGCUCGCAGCGGUGGCAAUCACGAGCUCGAUUGGGGGAAUGGUAAACAGCAAACGUGACCUCAUAUGGAUCACUCUCCUUGCCGGGUCUUUAUUCAUGGUCAUUGGCUGUGCGUGUCUUUCUACACUCAGCGAUGUCCCGCAGGUCCAGGCAAAGAUGUAUGGAUUCCAGGUCUUCGUUGGCCUCGGGUUCGGGCUCAUGGUGUCCACUGUCUCCUUGGGCGCUAGUCUCGAAAGCGAGCUCAGAGAUCGAACCGUCGCCCAAGGCAUCAUAGCCCAAGCCCGCGUCCUCGGCGGCUCAAUCGGUAUCGCUGCCUCCACCGCCAUUCUCAGCAAAAUGCAACACCGCUACCUCUCCACGCUGCUCACCCCAUCCCAACUCUCCACCCUCGAAUCCUCUUCUCACACACUAACACCCACCCAACUCCUCGCAGUCCGCAAGGCAUACUCCACUGCUUUCAGCGAGAGUAUGAAAGUCUGUGCAGCAGUCUCGGCCGCUUGUGUCUUUGCGACGCUUAUCACGUUCAGGAGGAGGCCGAUUGUGAUUCUGGAGAGGAGAGCGGAGCAGUUUAGGGAGUAUGCGGAGUUGAUGGCCCGGGAGGGAAGGGAGGGGGAGAAGAAGAGGGAGGAGAAAGAACAGAGACUGGGAAAUGAACAGAAGCAGGCAGGGAGUUCGGGGUCGUCGGGGGAGGGGUAG